AAAUAUUGAUGACGACGCCCACUGGUGUUUCUGAUACGGCACAGCACUACAUGGUAUGCUAUUAGCUGCAUUACUUGAUAUUGAUAUUUUUCCUUGAUUCAUAUGGAUGCCUGCCCGAGCGGAGUGGCGGUAUCACUGAGGUGAUUCAUGCAUCCCUACCCGAGACAAAGGCAACGUGAACAUUCACGGCCUGAUUCGAAGUAUCCUGUAGGAGGAUUCCGAACUAAGCACUAUCGGAUCCUCAUCCUCCACCUCAUCUCGGAGCAGGUUAAUAAUAUAUUCCUGCGAGUUGCACCAAUCUUCUCGUUGCAACACCACUAUCCCGGAACUAGACUCCCCUGCACUUCAUUCCCUUCACCCGUUAUAUCCGGAAACGAACCCUCACCACCUCCCCAUGCCACCGGACCAUCCUCGACCGAGCUCUCGUUCAUCAAACUAGCCCGACCCGUGCAAUCGAGACAGAUUGGCCCCACUAUCUUUGAAACAUCCCCGCCAGAGGCUGCGCAAGCUUUCGCCAUGCCACGCUAAGCAGGGUACCCGAAAGCUUGUCACCGUCACUUCGACUGCUUGAUGUUUCGCUUCCACGCCAGCGGGUGGUUCUGUAUCAUCUACUCGAACCGCGUGUCACGGUCGUACUUUUCGUGCUUUGAGGCGUUAAUGUAUUGUUGACUUAUGGCCUGAUACGGAUGCCUCA